AUUUUAUUGUCAAAAAGCCUCGUACCGCACACCAAACUCCAAUUCUAGCCAAUCGCCAGCAAACGGCGUACCCAUUGUGCGACGUCCGUGCGAUGUUCUAUGCUCUCGCCCCGAUGCUCACGCACGCUUGCUUUCAUUCUUCGGUGGAAACCCCUCGUGAGCGGGCGUGCAAAGUGCAAAGCGCAUUUUCGCACCCACACAGCGUAUUCCGUCGUCCUUCUUUUCACAAAAGGUAUCUUCAUCGUUUGGUGUAUCUCCCUCUGUGUAUGUGUUUGGGUGGCAUAUAGACCGCAACACCUUCCCCCGCUGGGUUGCUACACCCUUUUGGAAGCGAGGAAGCGUCACGUGCGUCAAUGUGCGUCAUCGUGUAGUGAGUUUGUUGCAGUUGUUUUGCAGAACGGAAGCGAACAAGAAUAUCGGCUACCGUGCACAAGUGUCGGUUACAAUCAAGUGAAGGUAUCGUAAUUAGCGUGACCAUUACAGGUACGUGCGAUUGUGAGCGUGAAAACUGGAGAUUAAAUAAUUUAGUGUGUUUUUUCGGCAAUCUGAAUUGUCUUGAAGAGGAAAACAGUGUAAUAAACCUCUUAAAAGGUAAUAAGCGUGAAGCUCUAAGUGCGUGUGUGAUUUUGAAUGUUUGUGCAAGAAUUAGAGUCCUUAUUGUAGUAGGUAUACGUUAGUGAAUGAUUGACACGUGAAAAGGUUAAAAAGAGUGCUACAAAAAGUGUUGCUAUAAGACUAUGGUACUCUUUUCGUUAACUUAAAAAAUAACGGUUCUUCCUGCACAUUUGAUGGUGGACCUUCCCUUCUCACUGGCAAAAGUAUCCGAUCCGGCUAGCGCUUAAAGUGUGCAUCGUGCUGUAAAGAUUCGAAUCUCCCGCCAAAGUCAACCAUAAACUGCGACGCGAUGAUGCACUCUACAUAUCGACGGCAACCACCGAAAGGAUUGCUCCAGAAUACGUAGCCACGAGCAUAUCUCCACGGUGCGGCCGACCAUUCGGCACCCAAGGCUCAUAACAUGCACUCUUGUGCAACGUCAACAACGACUUUGUUUGCUCUAGUCUUUGCUCUGUCAAACACCGGCGACAUUAGAAUACGCCCGUAAACCACCGCCGUAGUCUAUAGUAUCGUAACGUAGCGCACUAUUAGUAUCAUCAUUAAGUCCAUCUUAUAAACAAACACACGACAUCCCUCAGAACUUCUAAAAUACCUUAGGACCUAAAGUGCUGUCGCUCGUUUACGAAAAGAAAACAAACACACAAUGUCAAUAACUGGCUCGCUGGUGGGCUACGAGAACGGGGGAGACAUAACAAUGGUUUCGAAGAAAAACCGAUCACUGCUCAACAUUACCGCCACCUCGACCGCCUCAUCGAAGCAAUGUCAAAGUCUCAACUCCAGCAUAUCGCACAGCAGCGUGGUGCUGACGAGCAACAACACCUCCGCACAGUACGUGACCAAUUCUGGUUCGCUUCGGCGUCAGACACAUUUGGCCGACCCGGCAAAGCAUCGGCGUCGGCGGUUACACCUCAACACGCUCUGGUCCAUCUGGUACGGUAUACUGAUGACGCUGUUACAGGGCUACCUGAUCGUGCAGGGCACCCACCGAUACAUUGGCCUGUCCGCGCUAAGCUGGAAGUACGAAAAGCCUACAACCGAGCUGGACAUACAGAUCGUGUUCUGCGGACUGGUCGUCCUGUUUCUGCCCCUGCUGCUCGCCUCGGCACUGUUUCGCGUGGGCAAUCUAGCGAACGACGGUAUGAAGCUGGCCUCCGGCACCAAGCUCUGGCACGGUUCUGCUCCGGCCAGCCAUGACGGACUGGAAGAGGAAGCGUUCGAGGGAACGUUGCGCUCGCUGUGGAUUCAUGGUGGCCCAACCUCAGCUUUCAUACAUAUCAUCACGGCAAUCUGUCUACUAUUGCCACGGUUGCUGCUCGAGGCAAAAGUAAUCGAAAAUGGACUACUACCAAGAGAGCACGUUUGGCGCACCGAUCUCGACUUUAUGGUCACGCACAGCGACCGGCUGGUGGUGCUCUCCUUCAUGACCUCCUCCCCGACCUACCCGAACGCGACCACCGGCCGGCCGCCGAUGAGCGAGCUGGAGCGCAAGCUGUACCGCAACGGAUACUUCGAGCAGAGCGAUCUGGUGGAAAAGUUUUCCGACUACGACGAUGGCAUCGGUUCGCUCGAUACUAGCGACGAGGAGUUUCGCACGCACGAGGCACUCGAGAUGGGCGGUGGUGGCACACUGUACGGGGGUGGCAGUGGCGGCUCCUCGAUCGCUAUUGCCACGGUGGAAAAUGUUAACGCGGGCGCAGCGAGCCCGGCCACCACCACGCUGCAUGCGCUGCCACCGGUGCGCAAUCUUAUCACGACGACGAGCACGAUCGCACCGAGACAGAGAGCGGCGGGGACGACGGUAAGUACGGGAAGCUACGAACGUGCCAGCAGCCGGGAAAGCCGCCGGAAGGAGCCCACCCGCAAUGGGCAUCAUCGAAAGGCUGCUCAUUCGACUGCGACCCACGGAAAGGCGGGACAUGGUGGUGGGAAGGGGUCGAAAGCACACCAUGCUAACAGUCACCAUCACGGACAGCACCACCAUCACCAUCAGGAGCCGAGGAAUCGGUACGGGGAAGAGAUCGACACGCGGUUGGAGUUGGAAGAGCAGCAGGAGCUGGAUUGGAGUUUGCUCAAUCAACCCGAGGGUACACCGACGCUGAUCGAAGCGUCUGGAGUCGUAGCCGGCAAGAAGCCAGGAACGGGUAAGGCCAGAGGUUCGCCUUCCAACUUGAGUACAGUGCCCGCACCGGUUACGACGAAAGCGACCGCUCCAAGAUCCGAUUCUAGUCAUCCAAAGCGUCCUGUUACUACUACUUCUACCACUACUACUACCGUCGAGCCAGCUACAACCGUUGGAGCGAGUGUGACAACCAAAAAGACUAGCACCACCACCACGGCAAAGGACAGUGACAUUCACAUCCUGAAACCGGUCAACCUGCCGGAAAACAUCAUUCCCUCCACACCGGUCACGACCAACUCCAAGAUUAUCGAGAUCAAACCCAAGGUGGCAGGCGCCUCCCCAGGUGUGCCGGCCAAGUCCGGCACCGUCAGCCGCAAAAGCAAGCGCUCCGAGCCGGACAGCUUUAGCAGCGAAAGCCUCGAAAGCAUCGAAAGCAUCCCGAGCGUCGACGAGGACGAGUUCAUCAUCAAGGACGAGCACGGUAUGGAGAUUAAGCCGGCGUUUCUCAUUGGAGCCGCCCCGGGCAAUCUUACCCUCCAUCCAAUGCAGCUGUCCGGCUUUCCCGCCCUGCUGGCCAAGCUGUUCGGUUCGCCGAUCGAUCGGCAGUUCAGCGCAAAGGCGGCCUGGGGCACCGUGCCGAGCAUGGAGUUCGUCAAUCUGGCCAUUGCGCUCGCCGUUUGGGCCGUCCGCUAUCCGUCCGUCUUUUGGCACACGUCCAAAUCGUUCGCCUGCCUGUUCAGCCUGCAGAUGAUCGCGAACGGGGCGGACAUACUGCUGAGCUUUGCCGGGGCGAGCGUGCUGUACAAGCUGCAAACGCUCGGCCAGGCGCUGCCGCUGCAAGCGCCCGCGCUCAUACUGAACGGGACGGUUACGAUCGCGCUGGCGAUACUGGCGCUCAUACUGACGAUCGCCUCCUCGCUGGUGCUGUAUCUGUACGGGCACGGGAAGCUGGCGGCAAGGGUGCGCGAUCGUCGCAUGAUCACGGCCAAGCAGAGUGCGGACGUGUGGGCCUACUUUGCCCACUGUUCGUCGCUCUGCUUCGUGCUGGCACUGGCCGUGGUGAAGGCGCCGCUAAUGCACGACCUGUGCGCGACCUAUCGGGGAAGUCUCGAUGGGGCGGUGCUUGCCGCUGCUCUCGGCUCAGUGCUGCACAUCUUCCUGUGGAUCGUCCUGUGGUUGGGGCUGACGGCGAAGCGUCGCUGGCACUUCAAACUGCCUCCGCUGGAGGGUGCCCGGCUGGGAGGAUCGGCCGGUGGUCCGUCCGCUCAACCGUUGCUGCGGGGCAAUGGUAGUCUUCGCUCACCGAACGGCACCCCCAUCGUCACGGGACUGCAGGCAGGCGGCCCCGGGCUGGGCGGUAUCGGUGGCCCUGGCGGUCCCGGGUCGGGAUCGGGCGGCGAAGAGGAAACGAUCUACUGGCCGAAGAUUGCGCCGAACUCGCCGAAGCUCAAAGUAACAUUCAACGAAGUAACCAGUACGUCCUCCGAACACGCACACGGUCCACACGAACAUGGCAGCAAGCGCAAUCCGUCCGGUGGAACCACGCUACGUAUGUCCAGUCUUGCGGGGGAAGCUGAUGACGGAGACUACGCUACGCUAAGGGGCCCCACCGGCGAUCUGCUGCACCUCGGGCCGUACGAACACCCGGCCCCGUCCGGUUCGCCACCUCCGCCCCCUCCGCCACCGCCCCAGCUGGACGACUGCGAUCUGCUGGACGAGGCGAGCAACAGCAACACGCUCGUCGGCAGCGCGAACGACCAUGCGGACGACACGUCCGAGGAGGGCAAGCUGCUGGCGUGCGUGCGGGACGACAGUGUGACGUACGCGUCCACCCGCGACCUCGAACCGCCCCUCAAUCGUACCGUGUCGCGGGAAACGUUUAUGCGAUCGCCGGAACAGCUCGCCAGCCCCCUGGCCCCGGUCACCGUCACCGUUCACAAUCAUCUCGAAAACUCGGGUCCCGGCUCAACGCCCCGCUGCCUCCGUCGGGCCGAUUCCGGCAUGCCGACCGAAGCGCUAACGCCCCGCUCCGAUUCCACCUCCACCGAAAGCUCCACCUCGCCGCCCGACUGCCGCGACGCACCGUCGGAAACGUCGAGCGGGGUGCAUUCGGGCGAGGAGCGCGACGAGGUAGUCAUACGGCCCCGCUCGGGACCGUACAAAUCCAUCAUCAAAGCGCCCCCGCCGCCCGCCAUCCAGGAGGAACCGUUCGGCCGCUCGACCAACAUGAAGAUGUCGAGCUUCAACAAGGACGGUACGAGCGCGACGCUGCCACUAACGCGCGGCACCGCCUCCGAGAUGCACCGGCCCGACUAUCCCCAGUGCAGCACGAUGCCCCUGCCCGCCGGCUACCAUCAGCAGCAGCACCAGCACCACCACUACCACUCGCAGACUUCCUUCACGCCGGCCCAGUCGGGCUCGCGGCAACAGAUGCAGCAGCCGCAGCGUACCACGCUGCCGAACGAUGUGCGGUACGCGACGUCCUCGAACCAGUUCCUCAAGCGGCUGCCGUACAUGAAGAACGCGGAAUCGCCCUACGGCCAUCUGGGGCUCGGGGCUGGCCACCAUACGUUCUCGAAGCUGCUGCACGAUCCGCUCGCCAUGCCGCAGCACGCUGGCAUGCCGGUGGUGCACUCGCACUCCAACCACAGCAGCUUUCUGCCGCCCGCCACCAUACCGGAGGACCGGGACUCGGCCAACUACUCGAUGAUAUCGGACCAGGACCGGGAGAUGUACAUAAACGCGGCGCAGAUCAAUGGCCUCCAGAUGCAGCAUUAAAGGGGGUGUCUUCACGGCAUCGAGCGUGGGGACAUAGCGCACAACAAUUCAUUCGCCAUUUGUUUUCGGUUUCGUUACUCCUGUAUAAAGCUCAAUCUAAAUUCGUCUCAUUCGUAUUAGCGUGUCGGUUCGUAGCAUUUAGCGUUAAUUAAGCAUUCGGUUCGGUUUCUGCAGGAUGAUCUCCCAACCUCUAGAAACGCCUGUACAUAUAGCACCCAACAUACGACUGUGUGUAGUGUAGGAUCGUAACAAGCUAGCAAAAGAAUCAACCCUCAUCUCGCGACCAACAGCGCAAAGCCACAUUCGCCCCUAUGUGGUGCCGUUCGUUGGCAUCCGUCAGCUUUAAUGCUAUUAUAACUAUCUAUAUCUAUAACCGACGCGUAUAAAAAACGGGGUUUUGCUAACCACCCGUAAGGAGUCUCAUCCGCAUCAGCUCAUCGUGUCCAUGAUCGCUUCACCCACAUCCACCGCUGCCAUUCGGUUCCACACAAGCUGAACCAAACUAUAACUAUUACUACCGCUACUACUACCACUACUAAUACCACUACUACUACUACAACAUGUGUGUAGACUGUAUCGCAAACAAAAACGCAUAUCCUGACCACUUGAUGACCACUGAAUGGAACAAUCCGAAUCGCAUCAUAUCACACCGUAUAUGAUCUCGCUGCUACGAGAAGAAGGCAAAGAAUAUCAACACUAUUGAAGCAUAGAAACGUACAUAUAAUAUCUAUAUUUUCAAUCCCCAGAAUCACGCGAAACGUUACCGUUUUAGCGCUACCAAAGAGCGGUAUUUUGAGCGAUUUUACACUCUCCCCGCCCAAAAAUAGUAAAGUUUCCCAAAAAGAAGCAAAAAAACUCCCAUCACAUUGCCACCAUAUUGCUCUCCGAUAACGGGGCCAAUAAAGUGGUGUAUAAAAAAACACGCCAUACGUAAGUUUAGUAGAAGAAGAACACAUGUAGAAGAAUCAUCAUUUCAUCUACCGAAAUAAAAAAAAACUGACAUCACAACAGAAGAAUGAUAAUACUACAGGAACCAUUUGCAGCAAACAAGUAUUGUAAACCACAGGACAAUAUUAACAUGAGACCGAUUUUUCGCUUUCUAUACUACGCCGGUUGCCGAUUUGGCAGCUGCGAGCGGUAGUGUGGCUCUUAUAUAGUAGCUAAAUAUACUAGUUGUGUAUAGUGGUGCAGAAAAAGGCAGGGCCAACCACAGCAAACCAAGGAAACAAUAAACUCUAAAUACACAUAAUAGCAGAGCAAAACACGCGGAGCGGAUCCUCCCGCCAUAGACGCCACAGUCAUAGCACACCACGUGGAAGGUAGGGAAAGAUCACUCGGCAUCACGAUCAUCAUCAUCAUCACAUCAACCAGUGUGCUCAAAUAGUCGAUUGGAAAUGGUAGCGCGAGCAGGGAGAGAGAGAGAGAGGGAUGAGUUUUACAUGCAGUUCGAUGCAGCAUUUUAACGAAACAUAAUUCGAAAUCUCACUAAUAUACUCAAACUAAAUUCAAUCGAUUUACGGAAGGCGACGAAGCGGACGAAAACCGUCGCGUAGUAAAAAUUUACAACACAAACCAAUACGCAGAACCGUAACUUUUGUAACCGCAAAUUUUGCCAAUCAAAUUUAACGGUCCUUUACACACACACACACACACACACACACACACUCUCGCGUGUGCGCAUAUGGCGACAAGAAAGCUCUUUACGCAAGCGGUUGUGGUGUGCCAUUUGUACAGCCUCAGCAGUAGGUCAGCAGUUCCAAAUGGCCGAUUAGAAUGGUACCAUUGCGCAUCAUCAGGACACGCCACAAACACUCUACUACAGCGGUAUGAUUACUUGCGCUAUGAUUAAUUAUCUUUGCGCAACCACCUCGGCAAAAGCAAAACCGUCUAAUAAGCUGCAGCUUUUUUGCAUUUUAAUUAUGCUAAAAAGAAAAACGGAAGAAGAAAAUUAUGCAGGCAAGUGAGAAUGUUGGGUAGCGCUUUUUGAAACGGUUUUAGAGAUAAUAAGUAAUUAUCAGCGAGCUAACUUCCCCCAGGGGAUUGGCGAAUUCAUGGCGAACGCGGAUCACAUUAUGCAGAAAGGUCCUGUAUGUAAAAGAGAACAGCUUAUUUAUACAUAUAUAUAUAGACCCAAAUAUAUAUACAAUUAAAUAUACAUAUAUCAUCUGUAAGCAUCACAAGGCAGGGCGCCGGGAACAGUGCGCGUGUAAGAUAGAGAACCAUGCUGUCACGAAGGUAUAACGGAAAGGCAUCCACGUGGACCACGUGGCGUCAUUAGCGAACGUUGCGUGAUUGGGGAUAGGAUUGAAAUGAUGGAAUGAUGUUUUUUUUGCAUUGUAAGUUUACUUUCUACGUACCCAGUUCUUUUAGUCAAUACUGGCAUAAUUUCUUUGUGUUGUAAGUAGUAGUAGCAUUAGCCUAGCAGGCAGAGAGAAGAGGACGAAUUUACUUUCCCAUUAGCUAAGCUUAUCUAAAAAUCAACUGUGGCGCAUUCAGGUGAGCAGAAUGUGCAGUUCGAGGCAAAAAAAUAACCAUUGUAACCGCGUGUUGGCCGAGUGGCACCGCCGGAAGUGGAAGGACAUUAAAAAAUGGAAUUAAAAAAACGACAACAUCUCACAAUUGGCUGUUUUCAUUGGUGUUUUUGUGUUUCAAAAUUUAUAACAACGUUCCCGUGCAAUUGGUGCCGAAUUCACGUUUGGAUGCUUUUUUGUCGUUAACAAAACACACAUACAACAAGACUGAUUAGAGCGGUGUCAGCAGCGUUUGGAAAAUUGGUUGCCAGCUUGGGCUGGCCGGAACUCAUCGAGCUUUCUUUGGUGUCUUUUAGUACUACUGUUUGAUAAUUUGUAGCAUUCUCUUUCCCUUUUUUAACGCAUUAGUAUGUUUGGAGUGGCUUCUUAUUCAAUUGAGUCAAAUGUUGCGUUUAAUAAUUUUAAUCCGUAGAAGAAAACGAAGCAAAAUCGUAUCAAUGGUAUAUCUAUUAACCGUACCGAAGGGAGUGCGAUAUGAUGGAAAUGGUUCAAUUCCUGUGCAAGUUAAUAUGGCAACGAGUUUCAGAAGUAAAAUACAUUAUUGCUUCCACUACUAUUACUAACUAAUACUACUACUACUACUGCUACCGAUGAGCUGUAGGAAAUGGGUUUGAUGCAGAUUGCAGAACACAUUGCAACGGUAUACUAACUAACUUACAUCAAAUCCUGGAGUGCGCAGUAUUUCGAUGUAAAAAAAGAUAUAUGAAAAUGGGUAAGAAAACGCUAACCGACCGGAGAAAACAAACCAAAUCACUUGAAAUAAACCACCGCUUUAUGUAAAUCUA